AUGCCGACGUCGGCGCCGGCGGGGAAUGUUGUGGAGGCGCAGAAGGCAGAUAGGCAGGCUCUCAAGAAUCAGAUGAAGACCCUCCUCGGCAGCGUCGACGGGUCGAUCAUGCUCGAUCGCUUCUGGGAGAAGUUCGACGCAGGGCCGUUGCAUUUACAGUGGUUUCUGGACGAGGCAUGCACGAAGCCGUCUAUUGUCCCUUCGCCGCACAACAGGCCGAUUUCCGAGACAGUGGUGGAGGAGUACAAGUGCAGGAUUUUGAACUCUGGCCUGUCGACCGGCACCAGGGCUUUCGCUUGCACGUAUAACCAUCUCAGCCAGGCUUUCUACCGAGCACAUGAAGAGCAACCAAAUAAUAUUUGUGUUCAGGCUGCGUUGAAGAACGGCUUGAAGUGCCGCAUGAUCAACGAGGAGGCUCCAGAUUUUUCUCUUUCAUGGAUAUGUGACUUUCACAAUCAUUAUCAUGGAGGGUCCAAACCGACGUUUUGGCAGGCCAUUCACAAGGCCCUCGCGUGGGAAUCCCGCUGGCAUGCGUAUUGUCACAAAUGGGGAAUCGUUGCAACUGGUAACCCUUCAUAUGAGCUGCAGCACGAAGAGUUCGUCACGGAAAUCAUUGAUGGAGAGAAGGACAGCCCGAUCAAAAUGGCAUCUUGGAGACACUUUGUGAACACGAAGUCCGUUGCACACAAAUGGGAGAACUUUGGAGUGUUCGAAGUCUUCGAGAAGUGGUGCAUCAAGCACGUCAACUUCUUGAAUGAUGACCUGCACUCUUUCCAAGCAAUCAACGUGCUGCACGCGUGGGCGCUCAAGGUCGUCGGCGUGCUUGGGAAGUUCUACUCGAAGGAGAUCGCGGGUGCCAUGCUGUUGGAGGGCCUGAAACUGUGCGUCCCAAUGCCCGAGCGCAAGGAUGGCCAGAAGCUGAGAGACAUGCAGCGCAAGCUGCCGUGGUUGUUCAAGCAGCUGGGCCAGCACACGCUCAACAUGUUCGACUUGCUGAACACGCCCAUUGCAGGGGCCACUGCCGGCAGGAAAGUGGCCUCGGCGCGGUCUCAGGCGGUCGCGAGAGCCAUCGCUGAACACGCACAGAAGAUGGAGGAAGCCAACGCCAGAGCAACCCAUGAUGCCCAGGCUGCUGCAGGGCCCGAGGAGGAGCCGCCGCUGAAGAUGCAGCGCCGCGGGAAGGGUCGCGGUCGCGGUCGCGGCCGCGGCAACCUUGGGAAGUCCGCGCCCCCGUCCCCUCAGGACAACGGUGAGCCUGCCCUUCCUGCUGGCGUGGUGUGCGCGGCCGAGGAGCUCGUGGCGAUCGUCACUCCGCUCACUGGGAACGCUGCAGUUGGCCGCCCGGCCACGGUCCUCGACGACGUGAUUCAUGCCGUCGAGCACUCACUCGGGAAGGAUCAUGAUGAGAAGGUCGCUUGGAGGACGCGCUGCGAGGCCUACUCGAUCUUCCUGCAGUUCUGUUUCGCCGAGGAGGUCUCGAUGAACGGCAAGGCGUUCAAUGUCUACUCCAAGCUCCGCGAAGAUCUGCAAUCGAUGGUGUCGCUUGCUACCAGGCGCGCUACCGGAACUUUCGGCACGACUGACUGUGACAACAAGUCAUCUGAAGACGACCCCGGCGCCGUGGCACAGCGCAUACUCGACAUCUGUCUCAAGCCAGUCGAGAUCACGAUUGGAGACGACAUUGAGCACGAAGACGACGUGUCCAGCGCCGACGCGGAGAGGAUGUUCGAGGCCCAGGAGAUCGAGAUCCGCACAUUUUUGAACGAGAACGCCAACACGCAUCCCACGUUGCAGAAGAAUUGCAGUGACAUGGCGCGCGAGCUCUCCAUGCUUGGGUACGAGAUGGACAUCCAGUACGCUUGCGUGGCCAUCGGCAACGUGAUGGAUAAGUACCUUCCCUGUAAGAUGAUCGAGUCGGUUGCUGCAAUUUCGGUCAUAGCUAGUCGGCUUGGCCGCGUCCCUGCGUUUGCUGAGGCUGUUUUCCCGAACGUUGAGUCGCUCGAGAGCUUCAUCAGUACUCGCGUGAUGUAUACCUUGCACGGAGUCAAGACUCUGGCAGAGUUCGGGAAGUUGAAAGCGGACGACCAGGCCAACCCAAUGCUCAAACUCUUGCAGCAGCACUUCAUUAUCAAGAAGGACGCCUUGUCGAUGUUGCCGAUGCGCCUGCUCUGUGGAAUUGAGGCGUCUGCAUCUUCCACAAAUUGGCCCAGUGACUGGGUCGGGAUUUGGCAGCGCGUGUUCAAGCUGGAGGCGGAGGAGGCCCUCACUGAGUAUUGUCAGGAUUUUGUCAACGGCAAGAGCGCUGCGAAGAGGCCUGAGAGCUCGGGCGCAGGCGCCGUUGACGCGGCGGAGGCGGAGGCGGAGGCGAAGGGCGAUGGCGCGACGCCCGCGGCUGGCGAUUGCGACACGCUCGCCCCGAACCCGGACCAGCAGCAGCCGCCCGCAGCAGAGCAGGCCGAGCAGACGCAGACGCAGACGGUCGCCACGAAGAAAGUCUACUUUAAGAUGUCAGACGUCCACAACUUCAGCAAGAUGGGCGCGUCGCCGAAUGAUUCCGAGGACGCCAAGCAGCUCACGAUCGCCAACGUCGACGGCCUCCUGAUCAAGAGUAUCGAGACAUCGCUCAAUCACUACUUGUGGGUCAGGUACCGCACGCAUGGUUGCGUGCACGGGAAGUCGGCGUUCGUCACGUCGGGGCCGAAGGUCGAGGAGAUCUUCGCGCCGAUCGAGUCGGAGGGGCCUUGCGCAGGUUUCCAGUCCUUGAUCUUCGACGUGGAUGCCGAGAAGAAGGCUAACACGUUAUAUUUUGUCGUUCCUCGCUCCGACGGGCUCGGCGACGGCGUGAAGCAGUGCUCCAUCAUGUACGCUGGCGCUGUCAGCGCGACGAUGAAAGGCGCGAGCUCGUUCUUGCUGGCGACUGUCUUCGGGGUCAAUUUCUACUUGAACCACCCGGGCGGCAGUAUGGUCGCCGCGGACUUCCCCGCUUUCGCGUGGCACGUGAAGGCGGAGGCGAAGGCGGACAAGGCCACGCUCUACAACGUCAGCGACGAGGUCGAGGUGCACAUGGACGUGGACGGCUACCUCUUCGACGAUCGCGAAGAGGCGGGCGGCAAGGAGUGA